AUGGAUAUUUCUCAUUUGAUUGUACAUGAUCAACAAGUGGAAGAGAGUAGGCUUAAGAGGAAGAUUAAGGAUGCUAGGAAGGCCAAGUCUUAUGAGGGAGUUACUUCUAAGGGAAGGGUGUCUAACCCUAAUUCCCAAAAGGGAAUAGGUGGUUAUUCACCAAGCAAGAAACCUACUCGUACCAAGUGUGGUAAGAAGCAUGUAGGUGAAUGUCUAGUUAUGACAGAUAAAUGCUUUGGUUGUGGUAAGAGUAGCCACAAGGUGAGGGAUAGUCCAAAUGUAAGGGGUCAAGAGAAGAGGAGUGGUCAAUCUCAAGCAAGUGUAUCUAAUUAUGAUGCUCCAAUGAAGAACCACUUCUAUGCUCUCCGUUCUAGGGGUGAUCAAGAAGAAUCUCCCAAUGUUGUCACCGGUAUGUUAUAG